AUGUACACAAUCAGCGAGAUUGCAUGUCCGAUUGUUCUAUUUCGUGUAUCGAUACCUGUGCGUUCACCACCGUAUUUAAGUUUUGAGGACCAGUGUUCUCACUUUGUGGACCUUUCUAAAGCUAUAGAAGGUGACUGUAAGAGCUACAUUUGUACGCAAUUUGAAACUGAAUGUUUAUUAGACGAUAACAAAUCAUUAGGAACUGACACCGCCGCGGCGCGGCGCCCUCCCCACCGGCGCGGCGGUGGGGGGAGCUCCGAUCUACUACUUUCGAACAAACAAGAAGAAUUAAUU